CUCUGUUAUUGGAUAUCCCUCCGCCCUCCGACGCAGUUGUCAAAAACCCUAGCUAGUUUGUAAACACCGUCGACGACAGAUUUUCUCAGAGAUUUUUAAGACCUCACAGGACGUCAAAAUGAAGUUUAUGUACAAAGAAGAACAUCCCUUUGAGAAGCGACGGUCCGAGGGGGAGAAAAUUAGAAAGAAGUACCCGGACAGAGUGCCUGUGAUAGUUGAGAAAGCUCCCAAAGCCAGAAUAGGAGAUCUGGACAAAAAGAAAUAUCUCGUCCCUUCUGACCUCACAGUGGGCCAGUUCUAUUUUCUUAUUCGGAAAAGGAUCCACUUGAGGGCAGAGGAUGCCCUCUUCUUCUUUGUCAACAAUGUAAUUCCUCCCACAUCAGCCACCAUGGGACUCCUUUACCAGGAGCACCAUGAAGAAGACUUUUUCCUUUACAUUGCUUACAGUGACGAAAGUGUCUAUGGGGACAUUCUGAGAGAUGUGUAACCAAUUUACUGACCCUAAACUACCCUACUCUAAAAAUAAAAUGAUCAAUGCUUUAGGCCACACUAAGUGUACAUGUUGAAUGCACUUUCAUAUCCUCCUCUUAGUCUGUUUAUGAAAUCUUGUUUGUACACAUUGCUUUUUGCAUAUUAUUCCUUCCUACGUCAAAGUUUCCCCUCAGUCUUGCUUUUAGUCAUACCUGACACAUCCUUCUUCCUGGUCAGGUUGGGUAAAUUAGUGGUAUUCAUAUCUGUUAAGCUUAUUCGAUGUUAAAAAAUUAUCUUCCUUUCACGUUUCCUCACUGCUUCUCUGCGUCGGCAUACAGUAUAUUCCGCAACCAUUUUGUUAUGCUACAGUCUUUAAUGUUAGGUUGGAUUUAAUGUUUAGCCACCACAUUUGCACAGACCAAAACCACUGAUAAUACUGGACUGUCAUACAAUGUAAUGUUAAAUUUGCGUGUGAGCGUGUUUGUGCUCCUUUGCCAAUAAUUUUUAUUUUUAAAUGGCUUUGAAAUGCUGUUUAUUUGAAUAAAGUGGUUAAAUUAUACAAAAA